AUUUCCUCCUAACUCACGUCACCUGCAUUCUAAGAAUUAUAUUGACAGUUUGUGUUGAAGCCUCUUAGUAAAUCACCCUUACCUCUUCUUGCGACAUAUCGCAGGACCUACAUACAGGACACACUAGCUGUGUAGUCCUUCCUGAUCUCCACGAAUUGGUGGCAAAAGAUGAAUGUCUCGAGGCUCCACCUCUAUUCCCUCCCAAAUGAGGUGUUCGUACAGAUUCUAUCUCCCUUUCCAACCAACUCCCUUCUUCCCUUGACCACCGUGUCACAUCGCUUUCACGCUUUGAUAUUGCGGAUCCUACACUACCGACUUCUAGUCUCUGCAUCUCUGAACGAAUAUAAGCUUAUUCUCGAAUGUUUCCAUCCAAGCUCAAAGUUGAUCGAGCCUCACGUAUUUUGUAAAUACCUCGGUACCGAUGGCCUGAGUAACCGGCAUGAAGGAAAGGGCUCAUUGUACGAGAAUGUUGAUACGGCACAGCAGCUGGGAAAGCUCGGCUCUCUUUAUUCUAAAUUCCGCCCUGAAGUGACAGUAGAGGAGAGGUCGAGUGGGGCCAGGCUUGUCCCGUCAUCAGAUGAUGGGGAGCAACCCGAUGAUUUAGUUGUGAAACGUCCUAUCUACUUAGAGGAGUUUGAGGAUUUCUCUCAGCUAUGCGUGGUUGUGAAUAUCGUAAAAGUGAUGCCGGGGAGCAAUCUUCUUCUGAGUGCAGUGACGGUCGAAGACGGUGUAAUUAGGUUGUUCAGAGACUGGUUGAGGAAGCAAGCGAAAUAUUCGGUUCAAUCGUUAAAUUCCUCUCCAACAAUGGGGGGAUCCGCUGAUGUCGACUCGUCUUCGGGCGGCGAGGCCCCCUAUCAUAUGCUUUGGAUGGGUCAGAGCAAGAAUGUUGGGCUGAAAGUACGAGUCAAAGCAAGAGGAUUUCUCAACAGGCAUCUUCCUGUCCUUAUCCAUCGCGAUGAGGAACAAACUACUAGCUAUGAAUUGGCGAUCGAAGAGUUAUACAUAAGAACUACUCGGCUUCUUAUCACAAUGGAGAAAUCGUUGGAACAACAGAAUUACCCUAGGGCUGUGAUCUUUACUCGGAGUCUUGGAUAGAUUGUAACCAGUCUCAGGGCUUUUUGUCAUGAGUGUAUAUUGCUUUAGAUCCUAUGUAAUAUAUAUACAUAGCACUUGGUUUUCUAAAUUUAAUAGCAAGUGUCAGUU